CUGUGUACAACUGUUCGAGUUAUUAAAAAAUAUGACCACCGAUAUUUAUUUGAGAAACAGGGAUCUAGGUCAAGCUCAUGACCAACAAGUCACAGAAGAAAUAGAUGUCCAUGUUGGUACGGAACACAUUCAAUCGGACAAAACAACCGGGAAAUGGUCAAUUUCUGACAAUACAAAAGAGUUGCUUAGGGCAAUUUUUGUGGAAUUUAUUGGUACAUUGUUCUAUGUCUUUAUAGCAACGAACGGCUAUUGGUAUGGUCCAGGUUUUGUAUUAACGUCACUUAUGAUAGCUUUUGGGAAAAUAAGCGAAGGGCAUUUUAAUCCAGUAGUAACCCUUGCAGUAAGCAUAAGUAGGGGAUUUACCAGAAUGACUGCACUCUAUGUUAUCGUUCAAGUGGUGGGAGGGAUAGCAGGAGCGGCUUUAGCAAAAGUUGUCUUUUUUGAUGAUUUCAAUGCCGUUAGAUUAGAACCAUAUCUCACUGUUUUGGGUAAAUCUGUUGAACCUGCAAAUGGAAUUCUAUGUGAAGGAUUAAGUACCUUUCUACUUGUGUUAAUGUACUUAAUGUGUAUAGUAGAUAAAAGAAAUAAGAACUCGAUGUUGUCACCAAUAGCCAUUGGAUGUGUUAUAACGGCAAACAUUGUAACAACUUUGAAUGUGACCGGUGGAUCCAUGAAUCCUGCUCGAAGUUUCGGACCUGUCGUGUGUCUGUUGAACACCAAGUACAGUCAUCUCGUAUGGAAGUAUCACUAUGUGUACUGGGUCGGACCUACAGCUGGAUCAAUAGUAGCGGCUGUUGUUUAUAGAUUCAUAUUAAGUACAGAGCCCUGUUGUUGCAGAACCCAAUGAAUAACUUCAUAUUAUGUUGUCAAAACUGGAUGUUCUACGGGUACAGAAUCAAGAUGAAUAAUAUAGAUUUAUAUGACUAAAUUUUAUACUGAAC